AUGCACGGCGGCGCCGCAGGCGUAAUAUUCGAUAUGUGCACAACCACAGCCCUCUGCCCCCUCGCCCACCCCGGUUUUUGGGAAUUCAUGGGUGGUGUAACCCGCACGCUCAGCAUCUCUUACCUCAAAGCCGUCCCCAUAGGCACGACCGUACGUAUCAAUUCGGCCGUCAUGCAGGCCGGGAAGACGAUGGCCAUGAUACGGGCCGAGAUGACGUCGGUAGACGGGAAGGUUAUUUACUGCACUUGUGAGCAUCACAAAGUCAAUGUGCCGUCGCAGGCGAAGCAUCUAGCUGUGCGGAUCCCCUGGGAUGAGGAGCAGGAGGCGGCUAAGAAGGCAGCGAGGCAGGCCAACGAGAAAGUUAAUCAGACUGCGAAGUUAUGA